UGCGCCUGGGACCGCCGGAGGCCUGGCCCGGCUCCUGGCCCAGCUCUGGCCGAAGCAGCCACAGGGGCGUGAACCAGCAGGUGGACGCUCGCUCUGCCUUUCAAAGUGAGAACCUCCCGGUGCUGAGUGCAUGAGAGUGGCCUUGGCGCUGCCUUCAUCCUCCAAGCUCAGAGAGCCAGGUUUGGGGGCCGCUGUCGAGGGGCGGGCAGCCGAGCCGCGGCCUGCAGUGCCGGCCUCCCAUGUGAGCACUGGUUCGAGUCCCGGCUGCUCCACUUCCCGGCCAGCUCCCUGCUGUGGCCUGGGAAAGCAGUGGAAGAUGGCCCACGUCCUUGGGCCCCUGCACACACGUGGGAGACCCAGAGGAAGCUCCUGGCUUCGGCCUGGUUUUCAGCCCAGCUGUUGCAGCCAUUUGGGGAGUGAACCAGUGGAUGGAAGACCCAGGGACCAUGGGCGCCGCCAGGCUCUAUACCUUGGUGCUGGUCCUGCAGCCCCCGCGCCUUCUCCUCGGCAUGAAGAAGCGCGGCUUCGGGGCCGGGCGCUGGAACGGCUUCGGAGGGAAAGUACAAGCUGGAGAGACCAUCGAGGCCGGGGCCAGGAGGGAGCUGCAGGAGGAGAGCGGGCUGACCGUGGACACGCUGCACAAGGUGGGCCACAUCGUGUUCGAGUUUGUGGGCAACCCUGAGCAGAUGGACGUGCACAUCUUCUGUACCGACCGUGUGCAGGGCACGCCUGUGGAGAGCGACGAAAUGCGCCCACAGUGGUUCCAGCUGGACCAGAUCCCCUUCGGCGACAUGUGGCCCGACGACAGGUACUGGCUGCCACUCCUGCUGCAGGGCAGGAAGUUCCAGGGCCACUUCAAGUUCCAGGGCCAGGACACCAUCCUGGAUUACACACUGCGAGAGGUGGACGCGCUCUAGCCGGAGGGCCGGAGCCGCCGGGCUCACGGAGCGCAGCUGACUUGUGCUGGACUGUCGUUGGACUGAAGGAAAAUAAAGGCGUUUUUUUUU